UUAUUUCUUAAUUAUGAAUUUCACAGUGACAGUGAGCAGCUCUACUCUACCACCUCCCCGAUCGUCGGAAGGAUCCAGCGAUCCGUCUUCCCCCUUGUUCGCAUUUCCUCUCCAAUCUCUGAUCUCGCCUCAGCCAUGUCCGCAAUCUGCCUCCUCCUCCUCCUCCUCCACUGCAUUGUCUCUUUUCGCCCUAUUGAAGCGCUGUUUUCGCCAAAAGAUCACAUCCUGAUCAACUGCGGUGGCAAUGAGACCGUCCUUUCGGCCGAUGGAAGAGCCUUUCUCCCCGACACUCUGCCGGACGCUUCGUCACCCUUCGUGCUUUCGCCCACUUCUCACGAUGUUGUUCGAGUCGACUCAUCCGGUGUCUACGGCAGCGCUAGGGUUUUCAGAGAAGCGGCCGAGUACAGAUUCCGCAUCAGGAAGAAGGGAAGGCACUUCGUGAGGUUGCAUUUCUAUCCCAUCCGAAGUUCCCUUUAUGCCAUGAAAUCCGCUGUUUUUUCAGUUAUGGCCAAUGAGUAUACUCUCAUGCGCAACUUUUCUUAUUCAAAGUUGGAUCUUGGAGAAUCUUUUGUGUUAAAGGAGUACAUUUUCCGACUAGAGCGUUUAUCGAUCAAGGUAACUCCUUUGAUUGGCUCCAUUGCGUUCCUCAAUGCCAUUGAAAUCAUUUCACUUCCGGAUGAUCUGAUUCCUCCUGUUGCGUACACUGUUCCUUCCGGGCCUUCCGUUGAGAUUCCAAGUCUUGUAGGAUUUGAGACUGCGUUUAGGAUCAAUGUGGGUGGUCCAGCUUUGGAUUCGAGUAAUGAUUCUUUAUGGAGAAUUUGGGAGAAUGAUCAUCCAUUCUUGGUCAUUUCAGCCUCAGUGCGGAAUGCCUCAACUGAUCCCAAUUUGAUCAGAUAUCCAGCUGAAGUCCCUUAUUAUGUGGCACCAAAUUCGGUCUAUGCCACGGCACAUGAAAUGGCAGAUGCUAGUGUUAGUAACCAGAAUUUCAACAUCUCUUGGGUCUUUCUCGUCGAAUCUGGGUUUCAAUAUCUAGUGCGAUUUCAUUUUUGUGAUUUUAUUACAACAACAGAAAGUCUUCUGUUCAAUGUAUAUAUCAACAAUCAGUCGGUACUAAGCCCCUUUGAUAUAUCAAACAAAGUCGGGUUAUUUAAUGCCUAUUUUGUGGAUUUCAUUGCUGAUGUCCAAAUGAAUUCAGAUAGGAUUUUGGUUCAAAUAGGCCCUCCUCAUGUUAUGGUGAACUUUCCUGCUAAUGCAAUUCUUAAUGGCCUGGAGAUCAUGAAACUCAGUGGUUUAAACAAUGAUUUUGAUGUUCAUAUAGAAAAUGCUAGUGGUGUUCAGAUGGCUAAGAACCAAAAGAAUGGUACAUUUAUCGUUGCAAUAUGCUCGGUAGGAAUGUCGUCUCUACUUGUAAUUGCAGCAAUAGUCAUCUUGUUCUUCGGAUAUCAUAGGUACAUAAACGAAUCAGAUUUGGCUGGGUUCCUUUCACCUGUAGCUCCAACUACCCACUUGGGCAACUCAGAGACAAAGAUCUCUACUCUCAGUGACGCUUCAUCUGGCGCUUCUCCUGGUAUCGGCCAGUUACUGGCCUUUUCAGAGAUACGAGAAGCAACCAAGAACUUUGAUGAAAGCUUGGUUGUUGGGAUCGGUGGAUUCGGAAAAGUGUACAAAGGAGUAUUUGAAAAUGGGCUCAUAGUGGCGGUAAAACGGAGCAACCCCAGAUCUCAACAAGGAUUAACUGAGUUUAGAACAGAGAUCAAAAUGUUGUCCAAGCUUCAGCAUCACCACCUGGUAUCUUUCAUAGGCUAUUGCCAUGAAGCUAAUGAGAUGGUGCUUAUUUAUGAGUUUAUGGGCGGAGGCCCUCUACGGAAGCACUUAUAUGGGUCUGACCUUCCACCCUUGUCAUGGAAACAAAGGCUUCAAAUAUGCAUUGGAGCUGCUAAAGGCUUGCAUUACCUUCAUACAGGAGCUUCUGAGACUAUAAUCCACAGAGAUGUUAAGACGACCAACAUUCUCCUUGAUGAUAAUUUGAUUGCUAAGGUAGCUGAUUUUGGUUUGUCUAAGAUGGGUCCUACAGUAGACCAGACUCAUGUGAGUACAGCAGUGAAGGGAAGUUUUGGCUAUCUUGACCCGGAGUAUUUUAGGAGGCAGCAACUCACAGAAAAGUCGGAUGUGUAUUCUUUUGGAGUGGUUCUCCUAGAGGUGUUGUGUGCAAGGCCGGCAAUCAACCCAGCACUGCCCAGAGAUCAAGUUAACCUAGUUGAGUGGGUGAUGAAUUGGCAAAAGCAAGGUCAGCUCGAGCAGAUAAUUGAUCCUUAUCUUGCAGGGACUGUUAGCCUUUAUUCUCUUGCAAAAUUUGGUGCAACAGCUGAGAAGUGUUUAGCAGAAUAUAGUAUGGACAGACCAUCUAUGGGAGACGUGUUAUGGAAUUUGGAAUAUGCUCUUCAGCUGCAGGAAACAUUUUCGAGUGUAGUCGGUGAUGGAGGUAGUACAAACUGUAUGCUGGGCCUCCCAGAAUGGAUUUCACAAGUGGAGAACAUCGAAAAUGAGCAUGAUAUGAUCAGUGUCUCCAGUGAUGUUACAGAUGUGGCAACAAGUAGAGUGUUCUCGCAGCUAAUGAAUCCAAAAGGAAGGUAGCUGAUUUGAUAUGGUCAAAUUCACUGAUCUCUUCGGCAAAUCAGGGGAGUGUAUAUGUAAUUCUCUCUUAGAUUUCUCACUAUCAAGUAGAUUUGUAGAGCAGUGAGCCAAAUCAUUUGAACUCGUUGCAACUUUUUGGCUGAGAGAUGAAGCUUUGUGAGCAUUGAUAGAGACUGGAGGGACUUGAAACUGCUGCAGAGGUGGAGGAUUGCGCCACUGAGGGAGUGGCCCUGCCAAGAGAAGAGUCUGCAGCAGAGGACCAGCUUCCAACACAGCUUGCAGCAACUUACCCUUCUGAGGCAGUGGCCUCAUUGCAAGUUCAUCCAUGACCACCGAAGCCAUAUCUUGGCCACGAUCUUGACCCUGUGUCUUCAUACUCAAAAGUUCUGGAGAAGCAGCAACAUUGAACAAAGAAUGUGCAGGAGAUCCACCGUAAGAAUGAUUCUUGGGGGUGCCAGAGAGACUAUCCGAUUCAGUGAUAUUUGAACUGCCUCUUCUCUGCCUCACCUGUGGGCUCUCUGGCUGUGUCAUAUUCGUGAGCAAAAGCUGCAGCUGUUCUCUGGCCUCGUCUCUCUGCUGAGUGAUCACUUGAAGAAGCUGCAACAACUGGCUAAUGUUCUCCUCGUUCUUUCUCAUGUCUUCCUUGGCAUUAGCACGCAGUGAUUCCAGUUCCAAGGUUGCGCACAGAAGCUUGUGCUUUAAUUCCUCUACGCUCUGCUUAAUCAAAGAAAAAACAGGUCAAGUCAGAGCAAGCAUAGAUUUUGAUCUAUUACAAGAUACAUCAACGACUUCAUGGACCAGGGGAGAAAGUAAACUAAAGACAAUCAAAUUAUGGAAACAGAAUGAUUGGUUGCAGAGAAUCUUUGCUGCACAUAAAGGCCACGGUGCAAUGAUGAGAGUUGGUGGAAGAGAUAAUAAAAUAUCUAUGGUUAAACACCAAGAGCACGCACUAUUUGGAUCAUUACUUCAGUGACCAAAUUCUACAGAAAUCACAGAGCCAAAGUGAACAAGAAACAUAAAUAAGGAAUUCAUAAAUCUAGAAUGGCAGAUCAAGUCAGCAGUUGGCCGGUGGUGAAACUCUGCAAGAGAAGACAAGAAAUAGAGAGAGCACCUCAUGUAAACCCCAAACAGGAGUGAAGCCAGAGUUCACGGCGUCUUCAAGAGACCACGCACCUACACCCAUCCCCAUGAAAUCUUCUCCUGCUGCUGCUAGUUUUAUGGGCCCUUUGUGGCUUGAAGAUCUUGUGCAUGCCACCAAAUAGGAGGAUUUUUGUUGAAGUCUGGCUGUAAUUAUAGACGGAAAGAUAAAAGUGGGGCUGACAAAAUUGAAUUUUGAAAUGGGAGGAAAGAAAAAUGGAAUGUGGAAUUGUGUCAGUAAUGGAAGGAGUAAUGGUGGAUACAUGUCUUUUUCAUGGAAUAAGUUGAGUAAAGACCAGGGUUUUGCUUACAACUUAUUGACUCGGUAAUCAUCGAGACUUCCAUUGCAGAUGCUCUCUUAUUGUGGAAGUCUUGAACAUAUGGUUUUUCUCAAGUAUGCACAUAGUACAUGUAUGAAGGGAACUAACUCUAUGAACUCAGUGCACCAUUUGAAGGUACGUUGUUAUCUAUCUGUCUAUCUAUCUUUGCGAUAUCUACAGUUAGUUCAUUGUUCUCGUGCUGAAAGCUACUAUGUCGCUGUUUAUUUGUCUUUUGGCAUGACUCUUGGAAUAUAAAGUACUCAUUAUGAAUUAAAAUGGAUCAUGCAAAUUUUGUUUUCCAUUAAAGAGGAUCUUGUUCAG